UCCAUGUCACCAACAACUAGUAGUAACGAGGUGGAAAGCAAUGACUUACUACAGAAGACUUCCGAGGCUACCCAUUUUCCAGGAAAGGUAUUGUUGUACGCCAAGCCUGACUACUCCAAUUUUUAUGGAGAAGUGCAAAAGACAAACCAUGAAUCGCCAGGAGAUAAUAAUACACACACUAAGAGAGUUGUGGAAAGUCAAGUUAACAAGAAAUGCAGCCCUCCUGAGAACGCUAACCAGAAAGGAAUACAACAAAUAACAGGAAACGAUAAUUACUGUUAUUAUACGAGUAUGAAUCCUUUUAUUUCAUCUCAUGAGCAUACUCCGCCGCUCACUUAUCCCGUCCCUUAUCCGUGGCCACCGAACUAUGCUCCAUAUAAUAACAUGGGAGGUUUUGAAGUAGUAUCUAUUACUACUCCUUUCAAUGGAACUGAGAAUGAUAUGAUAAAAUCUACUGAAAGUGACUCGAGAAAUCCACCAGUCCCAGCAACCAAUGCUAUGCCUACCAAUCAUAAUAGGAACGGCUUGACAGCAAUAUUGGAUGCUGUACAUCAACGUGAACGGUCAUCAACACAUUCCAUUGGUUCAAAUGUUGCAGAUAGCUCAUCUGGAGGAAAGGAAUCAUCGGAGUCCUAUAAGAAGCCACAAGAGGAUACAGGACAACAAACUCAACAAUCAAAUGAAAGUACUUCAUUGCAACGUUCCUCUCAUGCUGUGUCAAAACAAGGCUCUGAUGAAAGAAUUGCAACUCCAUUUUUGAGAAAACUGUAUCGACUAGUGAGUGACCCCGAAACGGAAGAUUUAUGUUCAUGGACAGCUAGCGGUCGUUCUUUCGUGAUUUGGAAUCCAACUGCUUUUGCACGCGAUGUACUACCCAACUAUUUCAAACACAACAAUCUUUCGAGUUUUGUUCGGCAACUCAAUCAAUAUGGUUUCCACAAGAUGCAUCCGGACGCCUGGGAAUUUGGUCAUGCUAGGUUCAUUCGAGGACGUGAGGAUCUAGUAGCUACGAUAGAGAGGAGACCAAGUAGACCAGGGAAAGGACGUUGGAAUGAUAAAGAUGAUGAAUCGAACCAUAGUCCUUUGCAGAAAAGACCAAAAAUAGAUUCAUUCAACAACACGGAUAGUUUGGAAGAAGCACGAAAUAAAGCAUCUAUGGAAACCAAAAUGGAAAAUAUCGAUGGUGAUCAAGGUCCUCCUUAUGGUCGCAGUAUUGGAGGAAGCGUUAUGUCAUCGAACAGAUUAAAUAGUUCAGCCACAACACUCUGGCAGUCAUAUCAUCCUUUCGUCUUAAAUGAUACGGGACAUAAUGUUUUAAAGAAUGGAGUGGAUGUGACAAGUGCAAAGUCAUUGUCACCACAAUAUUGUCAACCUCAAUAUGCUUCGUCUCUUUCAUCGGGAGCAGUGCCUUGGUUAUCACCAACUGGCAUGCCAACAACAGAGUUAGAAAAAAGAAUAUGUAUGAUAGAGCAAGCUAUAGCACAAUUAUAUUACACAAUUCAUGAACUAUGUCGGGACAAAGAUUCUCUUCGUCAUGAUAUUUUAUCGAUGCGCACAAAAAUAGGAGAAACACCCACCGAAGAUGAUGGCAAAGUUUCCAAAGAAAGUCUUUCUACUAAGCAAGUAUAAAUACCGAUACUAUUUAUACAUUGCAG